AAAUGUAUAACAAAACCGAAUUGUCUGAUAAGGCCUCGUGUCUAGUUCAUAGUUAAAGAGAUUGUAAAUCGUCCAUUUUAUAUUAGUUUGUGGUUUAAAUGUUUAUUCAUGUGUGAUAAGUCCUCAAUGUCUGUUCAUUCUUAUAUUAUCUAUAUGUACAAAGAUGUCGCCAGAAACCACGUUAUUUACGCAUCCAUUCUUUAAUUUUUGAUCAACAUCCAUUGUGCCUCUUUCAAUUACUAUUUUUUUGGAUUAAUCGUUAAAAAAAAUUUUUCAAUUUAUAUUACCUUAAAAAUACCAUAUUUUUUAUUGUCAGUUUGAUUUAUUUUUACUGUGUUCAACUUCACCUCUAAUUAUAAUGCUUGGUUUUUCAAUUGGGGAUAUAAAUUUUAUCUAUAUACUAGUGAAUGCUGGUAAAAUUAUAUCUUCCAAUCAUAUAUUUCAUGUAUCCACUCAAUGCUACACUGAGUAUUUUAUGGACAAUUGGUAAUUUUAUGAAUCGACAAAGUUGUAUAAAAUGGAACAUCCAGAACUGUAUAAUAAUGAAAAUUCUAUGCAGCGUAGAGAUGCUGCUGAUGUUUUAACAAAUUUUUUAUCAAAAAUGUUUUGGAAACCAAAAGAAAUUGUUUUAGAUGUAGGAUGUGGUCCUGGUGAUGUAACUUAUGAAAUACUUUACCCUAUUUUGCAGGAUAAAAUUGAGAAAUUGGUUGCUGUUGAUAAAUCAAGUAUAAUGAUAAACUAUGCUAAAUCAACAUACAAUAGAGAUGAAAUAAAAUUCAAAAUUAUGGACAUUGAAGAUUCUAUUGAUUGUUCAUCAUAUUCACAAUAUUAUGAUAAAAUUUUUUCUUUUUAUUGUUUCCAUUGGGUGUAUAAUAAAGAAAAAGCUAUGGAAAAUUUUUAUACGAUGUUAAAGCCAGGAGGAGAAGUAUUGAUUUUAUUUCUAUUAAUAAAUCCUAUGGUUCACUUGUACAAAGCACUAGAUGUUGAAUGGCAAAAAUAUGCUAAAGAUAUCAAACCAAUGUCUAUAUCAUUUCUUUCAAAAGAAGAAAUAGAAGCUCUUGUUAUAAAUGCUGGAUUCAGAGUAAUAAAAAUAGAAACUAAUAUCAAGACUUAUACAUUUCCAAAUUUUGCUUCUCUCCUAAGUGCUAUUAGAGCUGUGGAUAAUAUGUAUAAUGUUUUGCCAACACAUUUACAUGAAAAAUACUCGCAACAUGUUAAAAGUAAAAUAUGUGAUGAACGAAUGGUCAAUAUUUGUUCCAAUACUGGAAAAACAACUAAAACAUAUUUACCAAUUACUAUACAUGCAGUCAAAGAUUAAAAAAAUUUUAUCUUACAAUUUUAUUUAAAUUAUUAAUUUUUUGACAUUGAUAUGUUUAUACUUAGUUAAGUAUGAUCAAACUGUUUAAUAAUCAAAUGUUAACCUCUUUUUUAACUUAUAUAUAUAAUGUUAAAUUAUUCUUGAUAUUAAAAUUAAUUUUUAAACAUAAUAACGG